AUGCUCCUAACUCUUCGCGAACCUGGCCUAAACCCUUCCACUUUGGUGAAUGACUCUGGGAAAGAGGUCUAUCAAUGGAAGAGAUACAAGGAUAUGACUACCAUCCGGAAGCUCGCUGCACUCGACCAGCAAUUCGGCGAUGCCCCCAUUUUGGCAGAGAUAAAUUGGGGGCUCUUGGAUAGCGGAGCUCUCACAAAGAUCAACUUCAAUGACGAAGAAACCGAUGCGAACAAGUUCAUAAAAAACAAGGAGGUUACAGAUUCGAAUGGUUAUACAUUCCAAUGGGUGAGCGAAGAUCGCGGGUGGAAGCUUCAAACGAAGCAGAAACCGAAGGCUGCCAUUGCCUCGUUCAGCAACACGCCAUGGGACCGUAGACCUGAAGCUCCUUGGGACAGACCGGAAACUACAGGAGAACUCGAAGUUUCUAGUGAAGGGGAGACCAUGUUGGAGGCAGUCGUCGUAACUUUCGUGUUUACCCUGGCUUCUCACCCUGCGCGCACACCAGCCGGGACGAUCGGGGGGCCCUUCAGUUUUGUAUGA